CCAUUGUCUUGACUGUUGGAAGCGAUCCUACUCUCCGAAUCACACAUCGUCUGCACCUCUGGCACCUCUUCUAGUGGCUGACGACGACUUCCACUGGACCAGGCCGACACUUGGAGGAAAGGUGCAAAGUCCGUCUCCACUGGCGCAUGGUGGGACCAUAACACAUCGCCAAGCGCAUUGCUGCCGCGCCGGCAUGAGCAAGCCAUAACAGCCUCCUCUUCUCCUCACCAUCCUCGGCGACAUGCCACGUACGCGAAGCGCGCCGUCCGGGCGGCGGAAACAUUGGCUCUAUACCCUCCCGCACCUCCUCGCAUUACAAUGGCUACCGACGGCGACGGCGGAGAAGACGGCCGCCGAUUACUAUGUCCACUCGCUUCCCGGCGCUCCUUCUCCUCUACUCAAGAUGUACGCAGGACAUAUUGAGAUCACACCUGAACACCACGGCAAUCUCUUCUUCUGGCUUUAUAAAAACCGACAUAUUGCGAACCGAUCACGGACAGUAAUAUGGCUGAACGGCGGACCGGGCUGCAGUAGUAUGGACGGCGCGCUGAUGGAGAUUGGUCCUUACCGAGUAAACGAAGAUGGAUCGCUAAGGUACAACGAGGGUAGUUGGGAUGAGUUCGCGAAUAUAUUGUUCGUGGACAACCCUGUCGGUACCGGUUUCAGCUAUGUAGACGGUGACAGCUUCGUACAUGAGCUUGACGAGAUGGCCCGCCAGAUGGUAGCUUUCUUGGAGAAGUGGUUCGCUAUCUUUCCCGAGUUCGAGCAUGAUGAUCUCUACAUUGCAGGCGAAUCUUAUGCCGGCCAGCAUAUUCCGUACGUUGCAAAGGCGAUAUUGGAACGAAAUCAAGCCCACCAAGACCGAGCAUGGAAUCUGUCCGGCCUUCUGAUAGGCAAUGGAUGGAUAUCUGGUCCUGACCAAUAUCCAGCAUACCUGCAGUUCGCCUAUGAGUCUGGCUUAAUACAGAGUGGCACCGACCAAGAGAGGUCCAUUGAAGACCAGCAGAAGCAAUGUCUAGAACAUCUCUCUCAGGGCGACAAAGAUCACGUCGACUCUCAAGUAUGCGAAGCGAUAUUGCAAGAAAUUCUUCGUGUGACGAUGCAGAACGGCAAGUGCGUGAAUAUGUACGAUGUCCGAUUGACCGAUUCUUAUCCCUCUUGCGGAAUGAACUGGCCACCCGACCUGAGGCAAGUUACGCCCUGGCUUAGGAAGGCAGAUGUUGUGUCGGCUCUGCACAUCAACCCGGACAAGAAGACGGGGUGGGAGGAGUGCUCGGGUCAAGUGGGCAACAACUUCCGAGCGGUCAAUUCAAAACCGUCAAUCAAAUUUCUGCCAGAGCUUCUGGAGAAGAUGCCUGUUAUCCUCUUCUCAGGCGAUCAAGAUCUCAUCUGCAACCACAUCGGGACCGAGACACUGAUCUCCAAUCUCGAGUUCAAUGGCGGAACAGGCAUGGAGACAGCGCCUGGCUCUGGCCUGUGGGCGCCGAAGCGGGACUGGACCUUCGAGAAUGAACCAGCCGGUAUCUAUCAAUCCGCCCGCAACCUGACAUACAUUCGCUUCUACAACUCAAGCCAUAUGGUACCCUUCGAUUACCCGCGAAGAACACGGGAUAUGCUAGAUCGCUUUAUGGGCGUUGACAUUGCCUCUAUAGGCGGUACUCCCGCAGACUCCAGGAUUGACGGCGAGAAGGCGGGUCUGGAGACCUCCGUUGGCGGGCAUCCGAACAGCACCAGCGCGGAGGAAGUCGCGCAGGAGAAAGCGGACGCAGCGGCGUAUAAGGCUUAUGCGAGAUCUGGUGAGGCCGCGUUGACUGUAUUAAUAAUCGCCAUUGUUGCAUGGUUCGUUGUAAGAUGGCGCAUGCGGCGCAAGCGCACAGGGUACAAAUCAUUGUUUGGCUCGGAUCCGUAUGAUGGACUUAACGGCGGGCCUUUGGCGUCUGGUUUGGGUUUGGAUAGCGUUAGCAGAGCAUCUGCAGGCAGGUAUAGGGAAGAACGGGAUGUCGAGGCUGCUAGGGACUUUGAUGAAAGCGAGCUCGAUGAUUUGACGAAUCAUGGGGAUAGAAGGAGGGAUACGGAUGGAGAGCACUUUGACUUAGCGGAUGAUGAGGAUGCGGAUGAA